UCCAUUACCACAACUCAUUCCACUUCAGGUGAAAUCCAAAAGUUUUCUUAGAAUGGAAAACAGCAAUGUCAUCACAUCUGACAAAGCUACAGUUAUCAUCCAAGUAAAUCCACAGCUGGGACAAGAUACUGUUAUCAUUGAUGAUGGACAGCAGACCAGAGGAACAUAUCACAAUACAGGUCUUAAAGGAUUUUUCAAAGCACAACCAAAGGCACUGGGGACCGUACAGAUAAUGACUGGAGUGAUGCUCUUCUUACUUGGUAUUGUGCUCACCGCAAGUUUAAACAGAUUUUAUAGCAUUAUUGUCAUUAGCGGCAUCACUUACUGGGGAUCUUUCAUUUACAUCAGUACUGGCUCUUUUUCUGUUGCUGCGCAGAAUAAACUUCAUCCGUGUGUGGUGAAAGUCUCUCUUGGAAUGAACGUGAUCAGUGCCAUUACUGUAGCGAUAUCCAUUCUUCUGAUUAGCAUAGGUAUAGGACAUUUUCCAUGGUGGCAUAGUUGCUAUGACAAUAGCUACAAUACCUACAGUAGCUACAACAGCAAUCACUGUGAAGAAUCUAAGGGAUACUGA